UUACAUUAAAUAAAUGUGAUUAUAUUUUACUAUAAAAUUUAUUUUCUUUUAAUAUAAAGACCAUAUGUAGAUAAGCCUUUCAAACUCUAAAGACAAACACAAUACAGGAAGUUGAUAGUCAACCCCCAAUAUAUGUAGUUAGUCUGAAGGGAGUAUAGGAAACGCGGCGCAACUUCACCUGCGGCAAUUCACCACCUGCCAGUAGGCAACUGUCAUCGGUUGCGUGCGGAAAAGGAAACGGUCGAUACUACAUUUCUACUACAUUUCUGCGUGAUUUUUCUGUCACGCAGAAAAGUUCAUCGAAUAUUUUACGGAGUACGUCACGGAAAAAUAGAAAAUGCUUCGAGUGCGCUCCCAAAGUAGCGUGUAUGAGCAGGAGGCGAAAUUUGUGCAGGAUCGCAUAACAGGCGUAGAAAAACACUUCGCUGAGCUGUGCACGGUAUUCGCGGCGUUCACCAGGAAAGCGGCCAGAUUACGCGACAAAGGCGACGAAUUGGCUAAAAUAAUACAAAUCUAUGCCGACUCGGAAAUUAUAAAUCGAUCCCUGAGCACCGGACUCGCGAACUUUUCUGUAACAUUAUCAGUUAUCGGUGAUUAUAGAGAUGCGGGAGUACAGAGAUUGGACUCCAAGGUGAUUGCACCUCUUUCGCAAUAUGCGACGAUCUGCAAGCAUGCCCGCGAUGACGUAAGAAACACUUUUGCAGCGCGCGACAGAGAACUCACGAGACGAAGGCACUUGGACAAAGUUCGGGAAAGAAAUCCCAGGAAUCGCCAAAUGAUAUCGCAAGCCGAAUCAGAACUGAUGAAAGCAUCCGUUGAAGUGUCCCGAGUAGUAAAAGGAUUGGAGGAGCAGAUCGACUCAUUCGAGCGACGAAAAUUGCACGACUUGAAGUCCGUGCUUUUGGACUUUGUCACCAUCGAGUUGAGCUUUCACACUAAAGCUCUCGAGCUUUUGACAAAAGCGUACCAAGACGUUGCGGCUAUCGACGAGAUAAAAGAUCUUGAGGACUUUCAAACUACGAGAGGAGAAAUGAACGGGGAAUUUAGAGAAACGAUGCGCGUUUCUGACUCUGGCGCAAGAUUAAGUACGGUGAGAAGAACUUCAUUUCGACAAGCCUAUUCACUGACAAACUUGGCCAGUCGAUUUGCAUCCUCUCCCAUGACAUCGCAAAGACUAGCUAAUCGAGAAACCGAAUCUGCUGAUUCUGUACGAACUGGCCUCACAAACUCAUCCGAAUCGGUUCAAGUUGAAGAAGAUGCAGACAGCACAGAGGAAACAGAAUCAGAGUCAAUUCGAGAGAAGCCUGUGAGAACUAGGCAUAAAUCUAUGUAAUCUCAAUUACCGUUUUAACUUUGCCCUCCUACCUUUUUAGAAAAAAAUAUCAAGACAUUCUGGAUAUAAAGUAAAGAAACGCUUCAUUCUCAGGCCUUUCCCGGCAAUUCCUAGGUGUCAGAAGUCGUUAAUGUCGUCUAUAAUAUAUCGCAUACCUUCUAAAAUGAAUCAGACAAAGUAAAUUUUAUCAUAUAUUUAUUCUUUAAAAAUAUUUAAUUAUUUUGUACUUGAUAUCAGUUUAAGUAUCCAUUGAUACACAAAAUUGUUUUGAAUAUGAUUAAAUAGUAGUUUAAAAAAAAUGUUAUAAUAGCUUUUUAUAAUAAGGAUAGCAUCAAAGAUCAAUG